AUGCGGGCGCGGGGACGCGGGCGACUGCCCCGGCGGCUGCUGCUGCUGCUGCUGCUGCUGGCGGCGCUCUGGAUGCAGGCGGCGCAGCCCAUGGGCUAUUUCGAGCUGCAGCUGAGCGCGCUGCGGAACGCGAACGGGGAGCUGCUGAGCGGCGCCUGCUGUGACGGCGACGGCCGGACGACGCGCGCGGGGGGCUGUGGUCGCGACGAGUGCGACACGUACGUGCGCGUGUGCCUGAAGGAGUAUCAGGCCAAAGUGACGCCCACGGGGCCCUGCAGCUACGGCCACGGCGCCACGCCCGUGUUGGGCGGCAACUCCUUCUACCUGCCGCCGGCGGGCGCUGCGGGGGACCGAGUGCGGGGGCGGGCCCGGGCAGACGGCGACCAGCACCCGGGCCUUGUCGUCAUCCCUUUCCAGUUCGCGUGGCCGCGUUCCUUCACCCUCAUUGUAGAAGCCUGGGACUGGGACAACGAGACCACCCCUGACGAGACGCGCCUCAUUGAGCGGGUGUCCCACGCGGGGAUGAUCAACCCUGAGGACCGCUGGAAGAGCCUGCACUUCAGCGGCCACGUGGCGCAGCUAGAGCUGAGGAUUCGCGUGCGCUGUGGUGAGAACUAUUACAGCGCCACCUGCAACAAGUUCUGCCGGCCUCGCAAUGACUUCUUUGGCCACUACACCUGCGACCAGUAUGGCCACAAGGCCUGCAUGGAUGGCUGGAUGGGCCAGGAGUGCGGGCAAGCCGUGUGUAAACAAGGCUGUAACUUGCUCCACGGGGGAUGCACCGAGCCUGGGGAGUGCAGGUGCAACUACGGCUGGCAGGGACGGUUCUGUGAUGAAUGUGUCCCCUACCCCGGGUGUGUGCAUGGCAGCUGCGUGGAGCCGUGGCAGUGCAACUGCGAGACCAACUGGGGUGGCCUGCUCUGCGACAAAGACCUGAACUACUGUGGCAGCCAUCGCCCCUGCACCAAUGGGGGAACCUGCAUCAACGUGGAGCCCGACCAGUACCACUGCGCCUGCCCCGAGGGCUACUCGGGCAAAAACUGCGAGCGGGCGGAGCACGCCUGUGCCUCCAACCCGUGUGCCAAUGGGGGUUCCUGUCAUGAGGUGCCAUCUGGCUUUGAGUGCCACUGCCCGUCGGGUUGGAGCGGGCCUACCUGUGCCUUGGACAUCGACGAGUGUGCCUCGAACCCCUGUGCAGCGGGCGGCACCUGUGUGGACCGUGUGAACGGCUUUGAGUGCAUCUGCCCUGAGCAGUGGGUGGGGGCCACCUGCCAACUGGACGCCAAUGAGUGUGAGGGGAAGCCUUGCCUUAACGCUUUGUCUUGCAAAAACCUGAUUGGCGGCUAUUACUGCAAUUGCAGCCCGGGCUGGAAGGGCGCCAACUGCCACAUCUAUAUCAGUGACUGCCGUGGCCAGUGCCAGCACGGUGGAACCUGCAAGGACCUGGCAGACGGCUACCAGUGUGUAUGUCCACGCGGCUUCGGGGGCCAGCACUGUGAGCUGCGACAGGACGCCUGUGCUGGCAACCCCUGCCAGGGCGAUGGCCUCUGUGAGGACCUACCGGAUGGCGGCUUCCGCUGCCACUGCCCCUCUGGCCUCUCGGGGCUCCUCUGUGAGGUGGCCGUGGACUUCUGCGAGCCCAGCCCCUGCCACAACGGCGCUCGCUGCUACAGCCUGGACGGUGACUACUACUGUGCUUGCCCCGAAGACUAUGGCGGCAAGAACUGCUCGGUGCCCAGGGAACCGUGCCCUGGCGGGGCCUGCAGAGUGGUGGACGGCUGCGGCCUCCAGGCCGGGGUGCCGUCCGGCGUGUGCGGCCCCCACGGGCACUGCAUUAGCCAGCCUGGGGGUGGCUUCUCCUGUGCCUGCGACAGUGGCUUCACGGGCAUCUACUGCCACGAGAACAUCGACGACUGCCAGGGACAGCCCUGCCGCAACGGGGGCACAUGCAUCGACGAGGUGGACUCCUUUCGCUGCUUCUGCCCCAGCGGCUGGGAAGGCGAGCUCUGCGACACCAAUCCCAACGACUGCCUCCCGGACCCGUGCCACAACCGCGGGCGCUGCCACGACUUGGUCAAUGACUUCUACUGCGCGUGCGACGACGGCUGGAAGGGCAAGACCUGCCACUCACGUGAGUUCCAGUGUGACGCCUACACCUGCAGCAAUGGUGGCACCUGCUACGACAGCGGUGAUACCUUUAGCUGCGCCUGCCCACCGGGCUGGAAAGGCAGCACCUGCAACAUCGCCAGGAAUAGCAGCUGCCUCCCCAAUCCCUGUGUAAAUGGGGGCACAUGCGUGGGCAGCGGGGAUUCCUUCUCCUGCAUCUGCCGAGACGGCUGGGAAGGUCGCACCUGCACACACAACACCAAUGACUGCAACCCCUUGCCAUGCUACAACGGUGGUAUCUGUGUGGACGGCGUCAACUGGUUCCGCUGUGAGUGUGCACCUGGCUUCGCGGGGCCUGACUGCCGUAUCAACAUUGAUGAGUGCCAGUCCUCACCCUGCGCCUACGGGGCCACUUGUGUGGACGAGAUCAAUGGGUACCGCUGUAGCUGCCCGCCGGGCCGGGCUGGCGCCCGGUGCCAGGAAGUCAUCGGGUUUGGGAGAUCCUGCUGGUCCCGGGGUGCCCCACUCCCCCACGGCAGCGCCUGGUUGGAAGACUGCAAUAGCUGUCACUGCCUGGAUGGCCGCCGGGACUGCAGCAAGGUGUGGUGCGGGUGGAAGCCAUGCCUCCUGACAGCUGAGCCGAAUGCACCGGGCACCCAGUGCCCACCGGGACAGCAGUGUCGGGAGAAGGCCCCAGGGCAGUGCCUGCAGCCGCCCUGCGCUGCCUGGGGUGAGUGUGGACCUGAGGAGCUGGCCCUACCUAGCACGCCUUGCCUGCCCCGCUCCGGCCAUCUAGACAACAACUGUGCCCGCCUCACCUUACGCUUCAACCGCGAACAGGUGCCUCAGGGCACCACUGUGGGCACCAUCUGCUCUGGCAUCCGCUCCCUGCCGGCUACAAGGGCAGUGGCCCGGGACCGCCUGCUGGUGCUGCUGUGUGACCGGUCCUCCUCAGGGCCCAGCGCGGUGGAAGUGGCCGUGUCCUUCAGCCCUGCGAGGGACCUGCCCGACAGCACCCUGAUCCAGAGCGCAGCCCAUGCCAUCGUAGCAGCCGUCACGCAGCGUGGCAACAGCUCAGUGCUGCUGGCGGUCGCCGAGGUCAAGGUGGAAACCGUCGUCGUGGGCGGCCCCAGCACAGGCCUGCUGCUGCCCCUGCUGUGCGGCGCCUUCAGCCUGCUGUGGCUGGCCUGCGUGAUCGUGUGCGUGUGGUGGAUGCGGAAGCGCAGGAAAGAGCGGGAGCGGAGCCGGCUGCCGCGGGAUGAGAGCGCCAACAACCAGUGGGCGCCGCUCAACCCCCUCAACCCCAUCCGCAACCCCAUCGCGCGGCCCGGCGCGGCCAAGGACGCGCUCUGCCCGCGCACGAACUUCGCGCCGCCGCCACGCGGAGCAGCCGAGGCCCUGCCCGGCCCGGUGGACGAGGAGGACGCGGAGGACCCCCUGGAGGUAGAGAGGUUCCUCCCGCGCACCAAAGACCCCGGCGGCUCCCCGGGCCGGCCGGUGCGCUGGGUGCCGGGCCCCAAGGUGGACAACCGGGCGCUCAGCAGUGCCCGCGAGGCCCUGUAUGUGGGCAAAGAGUAG